AAGGGUAGAGGUGGCAGCGUGGGGCGGGCGGGUGUGGGGUGGGAAGGAGACACAACACACCAUCAGAGACCCUAGAGUACCGGACAAGUGCACUCCCCACACUCUCACUCGGGAUUAUUCUUAACUCUCCAGCAUCAUGAGUCGAUGGAGGAAAGAUCCCUUGGAAGUGUGCGGGGGAAAACACAUCAAUGCCACAUUGGAAUUCCAUGAAUGUGUUUGCAAGUUUGACUACAGAAAUCAGAGAAAUUUCCACCAUUUUCAGGCACAAAAGUUUAAGCACUGUUUAUUAGCUGAUGAGAUGAGGCGGAUUGAUAAUUUUGAGCUAUAUGUGAUAAUUGCUGUUGUAAUUGGUGUAGUAAUCAUAUUUGGCAUUGCUGCAUUUUGCUCUUGUAAAUGGUACCUUCAGACCAAUGACAAUCCUUGUGGUUGUUUAUCAUGCAUUUGUUGCAAAAAGAAGAAAAAGAAAAAGAAAAUAGAUUUAAUUAAUGAAGGUGAAGCUACACCUAACGUUGGCCUUGAAAAUGGUAGCCAAGUUUGGACCCCAAUACGUUUGGGGCCAAAUAAGGAUGUCGUGGAUGGUAGUUUAGAAUCCCAACAUGUAACAAGUGAAAGAAGCAAUGAUGAAAGUGCAGGAUUUUGUAUGAAAUUUUGUUUAAGUGAUCCUGUUCAGGAUUGCUGUGAGUUCUUUGACUGUGACAUAAUGUGGCGAAAAAAAAAUAUUUACACCAUUCCAAUAUUUGGUCGGCGAAAGCAACCUCCCUUGCAGCGGAGGCCAACACGUCCUGCCCCGCCGCCUCCUAAGCCAUCAGCACAAGUUCCUCCUAUGUUGAAGCACCCAGAACCAAUACAUAUUGGAUAUGAUGACGAUGUAGAGUGUGAACCUGUACCAGAAGCUCCACCAUCACCAGAACCUGUACGGAUUGAACAGCCUAGAGCCAUGUAUGUUGAUCCCCUAGCCUUCUUGCAGAGACCUUUCUUAAAGUCUACUACCAAAGAAAAAGCACCUGACGAAGAACCAGAAGCUCUUUACAAUAAAAUGAAAGAUUUUGUUUUUGGGAAGAAUAAGAAGAGUUCAAGUGUAGCAUCUCUUCACAAACUUGGAAUUUCAACUAAUCCAGAUACAGUGAGUAAUACAUCAAGUAAGAAAAGCAAAUACAGUAGGACUGGCAGUUUAGCAUCUCUACAUAAUCUUAGUGAUGAACAGCUUGACACCAGUUACCAUAAUAAGAGGUCAAUGAGUUUGGCUUCUUUGCAUGUAGAAGAAUCUCCCAAAAGAAUGGUACCAAAGGGUCUGCUUAGCAAGUUGCAGAUGGCAAGAAGCAGAGGUUCCCUGCACAAUAUUUGUGAAGAUGAUAUUCCUCCUUCAUUAAGAACUGAUGAAUAUAUUGACUUGGAAGAAAUGUCUAAGCGUAUAGAAGCUAAGAUGCAAGCUGCCCAACAUGGGACUCUUGGUAAUGAAAGUAACAGAAGUUUGGCACUUGGUUCUCAUGGUGCUCAAAGUACUUCUGUGCAGUCUACUGCUCCUGGUUCACAUUCAGGUACACCAACUUUUAUUUCAGCCUCUGCAUAUGACAGUUCAUCGAAGACCAGUGAAGCAGUUUCUUAUAAUCCACAUUCACAACAGUUUUAUUCUCCAGGACCCCAACAGCAUGGGAUACCAUCGGAUAAUGAAUCUUCAUAUGGAUCACCAAUGCCAUACAGAUUAGGUGAAGAUGUGCAUGUUGACGAUGGUGCAAGCACAAAAUAUUAUCCCCCAAUACCAGCUACCACAGAGAGACCUGCCGUACCAGCGAGAUUAGCUGUCGGUGCGCCUGUUUGCAACACUGGUACUUUGGGUAGACCUAAACCUGCAGUGCCACCCAGACCACCAGGUAGUGGAAGUAACUCUCCCAAGCCGCGUGCACCACAACCACCAACCUCGGGGAGACCAAGUCCUGUGGUAAAGCCCUCAGCCCCCCCACCACCUCCCCCUGUUAUAACACCCAUUGAGUCAUCACUCUGAGAAACAUUUUGGGUAGGAGUAAGUAUAUUAAUUAAAUUUUAGGAAUAAGUAUAAUACAUUUUAUAUAUAUAUAUGCAUAUAUAUAUAUACAUAGAUAUACUGUAUACAGUAUAUGUAUUAUUGUAUUUCUCCUUGAAUUACUGCUCAAAAACUCCCUAUGCCAAGAUUAUCAUGAGAAGGGAUUGUACUCUUGAACAAAAUACAUGUCUUUCAUAACGCUCAUGUUCCAUUUGUGUCGUGACCAGCCUAGAUUCCUCUAUUGUAGUUUCAUAGUCUAUGCAUCAUAGUAUUACUCAUUACUGCUGGAGAUUGCAUUCUAAAAACACACACAAAAGUAAUAAUUUAAUUCAAACCAAAGUGUAGGAUAGAGAUAUGCUGUACAUACAAAGCCACUCUGAACAUAUUAUUAUAAGUACAGAGACAUAAAUGUAGAAAUAAUUUAACUGAAGUGUUGGAUCUGAAUUGAUGAAUCUCAGAAUUUUAAUUGUUAUGCUAUUAACUUUGAUGGCAAAUUUUGAUGCAUACAUUAGAUUCAUUUUUAAAUAAUGGUGAUAAACAUUCUUUGUGUGGGGAUGAUGAGUUAAUUGGUUAAAAUUGUUUUGGGAUGUCACAAGCUUGAAUUGUUCAUGUAGGCUACUCCUCUAAAGGUGUGUGUGUGGGUGAGUGUAUGUGUGCGUGUGUGUGCAAUAAAAGCUAGCUUUGUUGCUCUUGUUGCUGUUAUGUUGGUUUGUUAAUCAUUUGGUAAAUGAUUAGCAAAUAAUUUUUCAUCUUAAAGCAAUUAUAUGGAAUGUCUUAAGGAUCUUGCUCUUAUUACAUGUAUUAUCAUGAAAAUAUGUAUCCAUCUAUUUAUUUCUAAUAGAAUAUUAUAAACAAAUUUAAGCUUAUUUCUUUGCAAGUGAUAAUAAUAAUAAUUAUGUUGAUUUUAGCUUUAAAAUGCUUCACCCUUUAAUCUUUUAAUAAUUUUUUUCUUUACUGUAAUUUCCACAGUAUAAGAAAAUGUGGGUCUAAAUACAUUUUUUUUCAACUUUAGCAAGACAUUUUCUUGCUUGCUUGUUUGCUUCAGUUUUCAUUUUGAAAUGCUUAUCUUUUUGAGUUCUUGUAUUUUUAUAAAUGCAUACAGUAUCCAUUUCUCAUUUAAACUCAUGUUUCUUGGGCUAUGUCACAUCAUCCUUUGAAAAUGAAUGUCAAGAAAAUACACACAUCAGCCCUAGUAUGAUACUUGGUUAUUAAAUUCUUUGAAUAACAGGAUCUCAUAGCAUUUAAAUUCUCCAGAGCAAUUCUUUUGUAAUAAUCAUGAGAUGUUUGGUUUUAGCCAACUAUGUUUUCAAUGUUUAAAAAUUGCUGUAUGUUUCAGAUACUUGUUCUGUUUUCAUAUCAUCUAGGCUUUCCUGUCCAACCCGUGGGUUGACUUUUAUAUGUUCCACAUCCUUAGGUAAGCAAGUAUUCAGUAUUGUCAGUUCUCUUGUUAUAUUACAGUAUUUGUGAAGUUGAAUUAAUUGUACUCCUUGUAUCUUUUAUUCAGCCUUUAAACUUUUUGUCAAUGGUUUUAGAUGAACUGUUGUUCUUAGGCAUUUUCAAGGUGCUUUUCCCACUUUAAUUUAACGUACAAUAUUCGAUUUUUUUUAUGGUUUUAUUGGAUGUCAUACUGCAUACCUGAAACAGAAAAUGUCAGCAAAUCAUUCAUAGUGUUUACUAGUCUUUGAAUAUGCUCAACUCCAUUCAUUCAUCAUCAUUUACAAAGUUGUUAAAAUUAACUUAUACAUUAUUAUGCAAUGUGUUACCAUUCACACAAUGACAGUAUUGUGGUGGGGGGACUGCAGCCCCAAGUUAAAAUAGAUUUGGUAUUCCCCCAAGAUUUUAGAUUUUGUAGUCUAUGCAUGCAGUUAGUUUUUUUUUUUUAUCCCUAUUUCAGGCCCCCCCCUUCUCCAUACAUUUAGGUACAGUAUAUCAAUUAUUUUUUCGUCAGGCUUAAUUUUUUUGACAGUCUUGUGUGAGUGUUGUCUUGCAGCCUGGGGGUACUUGUAUAUACGCACAUGCACGCAGUAUCUGGUUUGUUUCCUGAAGUGUAUUGAUGUGUAGUAGUUUUAAUCAUUUGUUUUAUGCUUCUAUAAUGUCAUUUGAUAAACUUGAUAAACAAAAUCUUGCCAAAUUAAGAACAAUAUUGUUACGUAUAUUGUACAGUAACUACUUACAGCACAAUGCUGUAUACGUAUAACUGUUUACUUUUGUGACGUUACUGGUCAUAAGUAUGUUUUAACAACUUUGAAUUAUACCAGUAUUGUCUAGGAAGACUUGAAUAUAAACAUUAUUCUUGAGUUUUUAAAACUGCAAUAAGUAGCAAAUUUUUGUAUUAAUACCAAUUCAUCGAUUCAUGUGAUAAAUUAACAUUUUGAUGAUGAUAGACCCAUUCUUAAUAAAUGUUUAAGAGAGUUGUUCUUUUGCGUCUUUACUCUGACUAAAAAAUAUAUAUUUAGUAAGCUUAAAGUAAAAAAUUAUCAAUUUUGAUUAAAAAAUUGGUUGCAUUUAUAGUAAAAAGAAAAGAUAUGUAUGUUCAGAGCAUGCUUAAAAAUUAAUCUUGAAUUGAACUUAAUAAAAUUAAACAAUGCCAACAAAAAAAAUCCUGUGAAAUACCCAUUAAUUAAGUAACUACUAUAUAUCUGUGGUAUUCUCAUAGCUUUAAUAAACUGUAUUAUUAUUUACAGUAACAUUAAUUGAGCUACAUUUGCAAAGUUUUGUAGGUUUGUUGGCUAUACACACAUGUAAAAUUAUGAUACCUGGUUGUUACCUGGUAUGAUACUGGAUUGCAUGGCACCAAUGCUAAAGACUAAAAAGACUAGAACCCCCCCCCCAAAAAAAAUAUAUAUAUAUACUUAAAGGAUAAUUAUAAUGGGCUAGGGGAUAUGUAAGUAUAUUUUAUAUAAGUGAUAAAGCCCUCAUCUGGUUCCCAUUCAGCACAAACAAUCUAAAGAGACAAAGAAAAUAGUUUUAAAUCUGUGAAUAACUGACAAAAAUAUUAAAGUCACAAGUUCUGCCACCUAUGGCUGAAUUACAUGUUGACCAAUUUCGUUCCAACUUCACAUAUUUAGUGACGGGCAUGCAUUCUCCCACGAUGUAGAAGCUACACCACAAUCAGAUCUUAAAAGACAAAAAAUGCCCCCCCUCCUAAAUAAAUUGUUGGACGUUGGUGGAACUAACAGAUAUUGGCAUAUUGUGCAAUGUAUAUAUAUGAUAUAUAAUAAAAUACAGCAACAUAACAUGCUUACUCAUUAUUUGUGUGAAAUUUUGCCCUCCAGGUGGCAAUCAGUAAUCCUAGAAGGCACCAGCUGCAUAUCCACUUUGUGGACCCUCCUCACUACUACUAUUAUUCUUUGUGUGUCAGACAGGUGCUUGCAACUAAUCACUGCAUUAUCCAUGAGUUUCACUAACUAGGUGUUAUUCUUAUCAUCAGUGCUGGUUGCGCACGCUUUUUUUUAUGAUAUGUAGAAAUUCAUAUAAAAUGCAUUUUUUAUUAACAAAUUGGGAUGAAAUUUUCACGAUGCUGAUGCCAAAUAAAGGGAGAUUUGUUUAACAGUUUUCACUAUACUGUAUUUCAUAUUUGGACGAAUAUUUUUGUGCACCCGGCCCCUUAAUUUGUUACAUACAUGACUGACCUUGACAUUCCCAUUACAUGCGAGUACUCAACUUGGUCAGCUGUGUAAUAUCAACUGGACCUUCACUUAAACUGGGUUUUCCUCUGGUACAAUUAUUCUCAGUCCCUCACUGAAUUGUGUCUGAUCAUAUUCUCUGUUCUUCUCAGAUGAGGAGUGAGCUGCUGCUCCUCACACCUGUGGCUUACUGAGUGUUAUAUGAAGCAUUACUAUUAACAUGGCAAGGUUAUUUUAUCCAGUUUAUGUACUAUUCACUUCAUGACAUUAUUGAAGCGGGAUAAAUGCUGUAAUACUGUAUUCAUAUAUCAUUUAAGUUUAAUGUUAUGGAAAAGCUAAUGAACAUUAAUAUGAUUCAAGAAAUAACUAAGUACUGUAUGUAUGUUGACAAACUGUAAUUCUUAUGCUCAAAGGUGGGAUGACGUUUGGUUAAAUAGAUAUGCUCCAUCACUUAUAGAAAGUAGCAUAUUAGACAAGGUCUUAUCUAGUUGAACGCAUUUGAUUAUACAAGUGCAUUAGUCUUUUUAAAAUAGUGUAGUUAUAUGAAGUGGAAUUUUAACCAAAUUGUGAAAUUGUUUAAAAUGUAAAUUUUAAUUAUUGUAGCUUAUAAAUAUUAUAAAAUGUUUAUGGCAAAAAUGUAACAUGUACAAUGCUUGCUGCAGGCUUCCCAAAAAGUGUAAGAUAACUUGGAGUUCUUGCAACUUGUUAAAAAUAUAAUCACCUGCAGUUUAAGAUUAAUUCAAUGAUUAAUUGAACAGUGCUAUGAAUCGACUCAUAAAGGGAUUUAUCAGUUGCUUGAUGUACCAGUAUAAUUACUGUAUUUGUUUAUGGUUUAAUACAUUUAUAUUGCCAAUUGAUUUGACUGUCUUUGCUAAAAAUUCUAGUUUUCUUCCCAUCAUCCAUAAUUAUGUAGUUUUGAUCAAACAUUUCUUGCAUAAUCCUGUUACUUGACCAUGGUUAUUAAUUAUCUAUAGUACUACCACAUUUACUAUGUUGCACUCAGUUUGCUUUAAUGUACAGUUUUGCAUGUGGACCAAACUCUCACAAGUGAAGCCUGGCCAUGGGCCGGGCUUUGGGAGUAGAACUCCCAGAACCCCUUCAAGCAGGGGUUCAUGUUGAUUUCCAAAGCAUGUUUCUGUAGCUCGCAUGCAGAACCUGUUGAAGUUGUCUUUAUAUUGCCAAUUUGUAAGCAAGUGAUAAGUUGUUCAUAGUUACCAUACUUUUGUUUUCACAAAUUUAUUGGUAAAUGGUCUCGUUCUACUCUUGUUCAACUUCUUUAAGUCUGUCUGUUUAUGUUAACAUUUCAGAUAAGAUGGAAUUAGUCAAUUGAAGUUCUUCAGUAAUAUUAAUUGUGAUUUAAUCUGUACUUGAUAUUCUUUUGUCAUAUUCACUUGCCAUCAUACAGUACGGUAUAUGAUAUUCAGAUUGAGAUUUUUAAAGUUGCUUCAUUUCCUAAUUUUUCCUCCAUGCUUGCAUCUUUUCAGUCUUUACUGCAAUUCAGUUCUUAAGUAUACAUAUAGAGGGUUAUGCUUCCCUUUAUUUAUCCUAUGGCUUUCCCCCCUCUUAAUACACAAAUUGUAAUUACACUCGUUUUUUGUCAGAAAAGGUUUCCUGAAUUAAUGCAAGUGCUGGGAUAAUCAGGAUGAUUUUAUAAGAUGAAUAUUGUGCUAAUAGUAAAUUAUCUCUGCUUGAUUAUACAUAAUAGUUUGCAUUCAGAUUUGUUUCUGUGUUUGUCUGCAUUCCGUAGUGAUUCAGACCAGCAGUUAACCAGGCAAGAAGGGUUAGCUUAGUUUGGGGUAGUGGAUAUGUUAGUGAUGCUCUCUAUACACCACAACACUAUCACUUCGACAGCUUUGCCUCGCCACUGGAUUAAAUUUAAUCAUUUGUGUCAUAGCAAUCCUUUUAUUGCUAAUAUUGAUAAUAAGAAAUUGGGUUUUAUUGGCAAGUCCAUCAGCAAUUUUAAAGAUUAAAAAUCCUGUAUGAAGAAUGAAUUUUUACCUUAAAAUGUCAUGUUGAUAUUGUCUUCGAUUUUUCAGAAAGGGCAUUUUUGUAAUCUUUCAUUUAUUAUUAUUGAAGCAUGUUGUUGUUGUUAAAGAUUCGCUACCUGGAACAAGAAGUUCCAAGUAGCACGGGCUAUGGUGACCCCGUAGGGCUAUUGAAGCAGUGAAUAGACUAUGAUAUACUAUUGAGCAAUUUAUCAAUAUAGUGAAUACUGUAGUUCAUGUUAGUUUUCAAGGGCAAAGCGGGUAUUGAACUGAGUGUCGUUAUGGGAUGACCUGUUUUGCUCCUUAAAUAUGCUGUUGUUAUUAAUUAAUAAUCUUCUCCCAGUGUGGCAUGUUAACUUUACCAGAUACUCCCAAGUAUAGCAGUCAGGUACACUUCAAAUUAUUCUUAAACCUUUCACAUUGCAAGUUCCGGCAUUUAUUUUUUCUGCUGUCUCUUGAUGUAAUUUGUUCCAGUUUUAUGUGUUUGUCUCAUUAUCAGCAUUUAAUACUUUAGUAAUGUGGCAACUGAAUUUUGUACGGCAAUUUUGUAUUUUUGUUAGGCCUUCAGAAUAUUACGGUUUGAAGGUUUGAAUUUAUCAAAAUGCUUUUUGUGUUGAUUGUAGAAAAACUCUUAAAUUCAAGUUUAGUGGUAGUACUGUAUAUCCAACUGUUUUGUUCACUUAAUUUUGUGAGAUAUCCAAAGUAUGAAUUCUUGGUCACAACACCUUAGAAAGUCACACUUUUGUUUGUCACAAACACAACGCUGCUUGCACAUACUUGUGUUUUGAGGCUUCUUUUUGUAUUUUGUUGCAUGUGAGCAUUCAUCUUAUUAUGAUAAAAAGUACCAUUUGCUUGCAUAGAUUGUAGUUAUCUCACCAAUGAAGUUUAUUGCAUAAUGAUAAAGGUUUUGAGAUUAAUGAGUAUUAUUUCAUCAAGUAUGAUGAAAGCAAAUUGUGGUGCAACUGCAUGACUGACGAAAAUAGGAAAAGUAAAGGGUUAGCAUUAAAAGAAAAAUGGAAAAGUGAGCAUUGUUCAUGAAUGUUUUGAAGUUUGCCUGUGCUCAUCAGCCGCAAGUGAUGCAGUAGUGAACACGGAAGACACAAGCCAGCCAUGCAAGCUUAAAGUUGCAGUACGUACUCCCAUUGUAAUGUACAGUACUUGUAUGCAGUUACAGCUAACUAGUCUUACUAUGGUUAUUAUAAUUUCUGCAGCGAGUUUGACAAACGGCAAAUUUGUCCGCACCUGUUCUUUUAAACUGCACGUAAAAAUUUACAAAUUGAAUUACUAGCUACCUGUUUUGGCAGGUUAAAAUAUAGAUGAAAAAAAAUAUUUUUUUGAACUUUGUGUAUCACUCGGCAUUUUCCCUGUUAACCCGCUAUGGAUGGUUACUGUAUUCACACAUUCGUAAAAUUCUAAAUUCAAAUUUGGAACAGCUUCUUGAUGCUUGAGAAAGGAAAGGAAUUAUCAGGAAAGAGCAUUAAGCCAUUGUGACUAUAUAGCACUGGGAAGGGGUCUGGAUAAGUAUUUGGGAUGGGACGGGGAAAAGGAAUGGUGCCCAACCACUUGAACGGUUGGGGAUUAAACACCACCCUGCGUGAAGCGAGACCCGUCGCUUUACCGUCCAGCCCAAGUGAGAAAGAUUAAGUUUAAUGUGUGUUAUAGAUGAAGAAUAUACUAGCUACAAAAUAGAUUAUAUUUUGACAAAAUUGAAGGCUGUGAAACAAUAAAUUUAAAUAUAUAGUCACUGUACAGUAUUGCCCGCUUUGUAUUAAUUUAUAUUUUUAGAUUUACUUUUUCUAACUGAUCUUGAUUUAACAAAAAAUUUAAUAUAUUCCAUAAAAUAUGUAUUCGUAGUUUUUUUUUUUUUUGGCAAAACAUUACUUGAACACUCAAAUUAGUACAGUACGCCAUGUCAUCAUUUAAAGCCGUUGACAUUGUCAUUCAUUGUAAUUUUCAUUUCAGUUAUUUCAUUCAAUAUUCACAUCAUUGAUUUCAUAAAUUGUAUAACAUUAGUUUUAAAUUAUGUACAUAAUGUAAAUAUUUUGUAUACAUUACAGUAUUUGUAGGAGACAAGGGCCAGUUGUAGGUUUUAUCUUAAGGAUCUGGCUAUGAUUGACAGGUGAUACGAGAGGCAUUGUAUGAGAAGAACUGGUAUGCAUAUGACAGUGUGUGUAAUCAGCUUUAGAAAUAUGGAAGACGAUAAUAAAUGUUUCAUUGGUUUUCUUGUCUGAUUAAUUUUUUUGUUAAAAAGAUCUGUAAAUACUGUAGUGCAAUAGCAAAAGGCAAUAAUGAUAAUUUUAAAUAUAUUGAGUGAUAGCAUUUAUUGGUUAUAAUCUCGAUCAUAUUUUUAUUAAAGCUUUCCAGUAAUAGUUUGUUUUUUAUUGUUUUUGAAAUGUCCCACCCCUCUUUUUUUUUUGUGUGUGUGUGUGCGUGGGUGUCUUUUUUUUUAGGUCACAAUAGAGCUAGCAGGCUUAGCAAGCUGUAUUAUCAAAAUGCACUGAAUAAUUUUGGUGUACUGUACUGUAUUUACAUUGUCUAAUUUGACAUUGCUUAUCUUAUGUCUUCCUGCUCUUGUAUUGUCAUGGUGAGAAAUAACCUAGGAACUAUUGAGUGUUCCUUAACUACUUCAGUACUACAUAACCAUGCUGGCUUUGCACUUAUUCAUUAAUUACUUCCCAAGAUUUACAGGGCGAGGGCUGUCGUUUCUGUAAGAGAAGUUGUGUGCAAGGGUUCAUUCAUACUCACAAUCAGCACAUUUUUUUUAUAUGUUCAGAUUUAGCUGUUGUCGUUUAAGGCAAAAAUCAAAAUUAUACUUGAAUACAUAAAAUCUGAUGGAGUGUUCUAAGCCAUAUUGAGAUUAAAGUUUUUUUUUUUUUUUUUGAGUUUGUGAUGCUUUUUUCUCAAUCUGAGCUUUGGUGUAGUUAGUUAUGUGGGCCUGCAAUAGUCAUCCUGGCAUUGGGUACAGGCUUUCUUUCUUUGAUGUCCAAAGGGUUUGGAAAGGAUGAGGGAGGCAGAGGGAUGGGGAGGUGAAAUUCUGGAAAAGGAUGCGGGGUGUAGAGAGAGAGAGAGAAGAGGUUUGAAAGUUCCGUGGCCUGUCCAUCAUGGGUUGGCAUAUGUGUGUGUCUUUUGUUUGGGUAUGAGGUAUGUUGGGUUGUCAGUACAUUGGCUGGGUGGCUAGUGAUGGUAUCUGAAAGCCCUCGAGCCAAUGGAGUUGGUUUGGGUACAGUAAUGUUUGCUUCUAUUAGCCCACUUUUUGGGGUACAGUAUGUGAAAAUGGCAUACCACAUUAUUAAGAGCCUGUUUUUGUUGAGGCCAGGUAUUUUUGUUUAUGGAUUUACAUCGGUUAAGGAUAUUCCAAAAACACUGCAUCUCUUAAUGAAAGUUACUGCUCUGAUUAUUCAAACCAGUAGAACUAACAUUAAAUAAAUAAAUAAUAAAUAAAUGUUUAUUUAGGUAAGGUACAUACAUACAAGAGAUUUUACUAAGAUUGAUGGAUUUAUAGAUAGAGCUAGUACAUACAAUGCCUAAAGCCACUAUUACGCAAAGCGUUUCGGGCAUGAACAAUUCACAUUCGGGCAUGUUUCGAACAUUAACACUGACAGUGUGCUCAUAGAAUACAGUUACCCAAGAUUACAUCUCUUGAGGGUGUCAGCAGCAGUAUGUAGUCAGAUCCUUUAAUAUGUUUAUUUUUUAGGUUGUCUUUUGUUGGUUGUUUAAGAAUGUUAAUUAUGUAUAUGUUAAGGUUUUGCAAAAAAGUGUAAAUGUCUUGGUUUUAUAAACUAAUUCGGAUGCUGGCUUAAAGGUGUUGUUUUUGGACACCUUAUAGUAAGAGCUUUAGUGUUUUUUGUUCAUUGAACUUUGUUAAUUGUUCUCAAAAUCUUAAUUAAAUAUCAAUGUUUUCUUGAAAUGCAAAGUUUAAAUAAGAUGCAACCUGCUUUUACAUUUAAACUUCAGUGACUGAGGAGGUUAUAAAAGUUCAAAGUGUUUGUAAAUGCCUUCUUUUGGGGGAUAGUUUCUUGAAUAAUUUUUUAAGUAAAACAGUUGAAUAUAGAGACUGAUUUCAUAAUUAGUAAUCACUGUGUGUUUAAUCUUCACAGAAAAAAUCCCAUGAAAGAAGUUAACUCUGACUUGAGUAAGAUAAGACUUAAACAAUAACUGAAGGAUCUAUUUGCUCUUUUAAGAAGUUGCAAAACUUUCGCUCUUUAUUUUUGUGCUGAAGCAUAUCCAUAUUGCUGAUUAUUGAUAAUUGUGAUAGUUUAUGCCAUACUUAAGUAUGUACAAUACUAUAGUUGGUUUAUAUGUAAAUAAAAACCUAUUUCAUGAAAA